UGGCAGCACUGCAUAUAAUAUCCCAUCCCGUCUAGAUUAUUUUCACUUGUUUUGACAUUUGCAUUCUAAAUUAUUUCCAAUUUUAUUGUUUAGUCAUCUUGGUUUGCAAAAGGAAGUUUCCUGUUUUGUCUAGAAAGUUUCGUCACAAAGUUUAAGUUGUAUAAAUAUCUGGUUAAUAGCAAACAUAGUGCUUAGUAUCAAAAUGGAGUUUCCACAUCUCGGUCAACACUGCAACGAAUCCACCUGUAAUCGCUUAGAUUUCCUGCCAUUUAAAUGUGAUUCAUGUAAUCAAGUGUAUUGCUCAUCCCACUUCAACUAUGAUAAUCACUCGUGUAUUGGGCCACGUCGCAAGGAUAUGCAAGUGCCAAUUUGCCCUCUAUGUGGUGAACCAGUGCCAACAGCACCCGGAGUCGAGCCUGAUCUAACCGUCGGGCGUCAUAUCGAUCAGCAAUGCAAGUCGGACACAAAAAAAAUAUACACAAAUCGUUGUAGUUAUAAAAAUUGUAAAAAGAAAGAGCUUAUACCAGUCAACUGCACGGAAUGUAGAAGAAAUUUUUGUCUACGCCACCGUCAUACCACAGAUCAUGAAUGCAGAGGUGCUUCCGUUGCAAGUGUAGAUAAGCGUGCUAUGGCAGCAAAUGCAGCUGAAUACAGGCGUACUAACAAGCCAACUUCACUAUUUAAUGGGCAACCUAGACGUAAUCCCAUAGCAACUGGAACACAAGUGCAAAAUAUUCAAGGAAAUAUGACUGAAGAUGAGGCGCUAGCUCGUGCCCUUGCUCUGUCGAUUAUGGAGUUAGAUGAGAAUGCAGAUCGUGAACGUCGAAAUCAAACUGCUGUCAAUGCGGCAGUACAAUCGAAUGCUACAGUACGCGUUGGCGGACGUGAUGAGCAAUCCUCAAAUGUAAAAGACAAAUGUCUGCUUUCGUAGUUCGAUUUAGCUGUUUUAAUGGUAGAAGUUGUAGUUUAACAAUUUAAAGAUAUUCUUUAGUAGCUUACAAGUAUCUAAAUACAUACUUACUAUACAUAUAAUAACUGUUGCAGCAGUAAUUUAAUCAAUGAAUGUCACAUGCUAAGUGUAUUUGCAUUUAGCGCGCGUUUAUUGCAAGACUAUUCAUGAUAUAAAUAAAGGGCCUAUAUCGUAAGUUUGUUUUUAUGAUAUGAUAUAUACAAUUAAUUUUUGUUAAUGAAAGUUAAAUGUCCACAUUCCUUAAUUGAAAUGCAUAUUUUAUAAUAGAUUUUAACAAACUGAAACUUACCUGCUUGUGAUUAAGCUUUAUAGUGGGCAUGAAAUAAUAUUUUCCGACGCGUACAUACGUAUGUAUCUAAAAACAUGUUUAAUCCUUUUGCGAAUUCUAUUUGAAGAACUAUUAUUUGAACGUUUUGUUCUAACAGAAUUCGCAGUUGGGAUGGUUAAUAAAUAAUAUAUAAUCAUUAAUUAAAACGUAAGCAAUUUCGCCAUAGUUGUUAUGUUUUCUUAGAGACAAAAUAAACAAAUAAAAAACAAA